UCCUGGCCAACCCGCGGCUCUCGGCCGCCGACAUUCCGUCGACUCGCUCGCGGUGCGCAUCUACGGAGGCCCGAUCGCUCUCGGCGUGUCGUCUCUUCUCGUCGCGCGACGAUCGACUGAGCGCUCGUGUGCGCGCGUGUGUGUGUGUGUGUGUGUGUGUGUUGCGUGUGUGUGUUGCGUGCGUUCUGCCCGCACUCUAGCGCGGUCCUCCUUGUGCGCCGUGGCGCGGACGCGGUGGCCACGAACGCUCUCGCUUCUCGCUCGGCUACGCGCCGAGCUCUCAGUGCUGUCCCCGCGCGCGUGCAUGUGCGCGCGCGACGUCUGUGUGCAGAGCGACAGAACGAAGGGAACUUGUCUCGUCUCGCCUGAUCUCGUCUCGUCGCGCGUCGCCUCGCGCUUUGCCAGGCCGUGAGGGAGCCGAGCUAGAGGAUCUCGAGACGUCGUCAUCGUCGUCGUCGUCGUCGCGAUGCCCUGGGCGUGUUUCUCCCGCAUUCAGACAGAAUAGUGGCAUGAGUCGAUUAAUCUAUGGCAGAUCAACAAGAUCAGUCGUCAUCAGGGGGGUCUGUAGAGAAGGCCAGUGCUUCAGCAGACACCUCUAAACUCAGGGGGAAGGGCUCCAGCGGCGGCACGGGCGGCUACAGAAAGCGACAGAGUACUGGUGCGAUCCCGGACAGCGUGGAAGAGAAGAGGCGCAGGCAGACCGCCGGUGAUCCACAGACGUCCCAGGUCGACGGCGGCGCGGCGCAUUCGGCCGAUUCUACCAAAGGGGAGGGCAGAAUCCGGGGCGAGCGUAGAAGUCAUGGAGCUGGCUUAGAAUCUUACCCAGAAACCGACUGGAGGUCGCAUCAUAAGAUUCAUCAAGCCAGCUAUAGCAGCAGUAGCGGCGCGAGGGUGCGCAGCGCAGCGAGGACGAGCUUGCCAGAGUUGAAUCCAACACCUGCCGAUUGCGUGGCAUCGCGGACCCGUUCCCGUACGCCACAGAAUCCACAGGCUUUGACACAGACAAGCGGCAGCUACGAUCUGUCGCUGCCCGGCGGAUACGGCGGCCGGAAGACGAGCAGCUAUAGCGGUUUGCUGGCUUCAUCGAGUGCGACGUCGAUCACUAGUCAUCCAUCCACGUCCCGAGGAAGAGGAGGCCAGAGGAUGAGCGAAUGUCUGGAAGGAUUUGUGUCUGCUGUCAAAGCACUUUUUCCAAUAUCAACACAAACCUACCAUCAAGAAGAUUCGAAAUCCCACGGCGGCGCGACCUGUAGCGCGACGAGCAGCAGCACGAGUAGUCAAGUCCUGGGUGUCAAGUCCAGCAUCAGAGUGGGUAACGCAGCAAGUAACUCUGUGGAGAGUGGUGGGGGGGCGUUGGCACAUGACGGGGCAGGCACGAGUGGCAUCGCGUCGACGGCCACUGCCAAUCCACCUGUGUCUGCCGCCGUUUCUGCCAACCCUACACACCCUCAUUCUACACACAAGCACCUGCUACGCUCUCGCGCGAAAGCCUCCGGCGAACAGCCCAAGGAACUGCCAUCCAGCACCAAGACUUCGGGGAAACAUCACAAGAAAGACACUACAACGGGUUCCUGCUCGAGUUCCAGACAUCGCUCCUCAUCGCGCGUGAGGAAGCCGGUGGUGGAGAGCGGCUCCGGUGGAUUGGGUAGUGUGAUGUCAGGCAAUGACUCCAUCAGCGCUACCUCGGUGUCAUCCUCCAUCCCGAGCAGUCAGUUAGUCUCGACUACAGGUGAGGAGGAGUCGGCAUCAACUGCGACAUCCGCCACAGCCAGUGGAGGACCAUCUGGAAUGUCAGGCACGACCGGUGACAGCGAGAGCGACGAUGGAGAAGUUGGACGGUUGCAAGCCCUGCUGGAAGCUAGAGGUUUACCGCCUCACGUGUUCGGCGCUCUAGGGCCGCGGAUGCAGCACCUACUUAACAGAAGCAUGGGUGCGAGCUCCGCUGCGAAGGCGCAACAGCUAUUAGCUGGUUUACAAGCGGUUGAAGACGAGGGAGAGCAAUUACAGGCCGUUAUGAACAUGGGGGAGAUUCUUGUAAUGGGCAACGAAGACACUCUGACCGGCUUCCCCGUCAAACAAGUGGUCGCAGCUUUAAUUAAUUUAUUGGGGAUCGAGCAUAACUUUGCGAUAAUGACCCACGCGUGUCGCGCCCUCACGUAUAUGAUGGAGGCUCUGCCACGGUCGUCCACUGUUGUGGUGGACGCGGUGCCGGUGUUCCUCCAGAAGCUCGAGUCGAUCGAGUGCAUGGACGUAGCUGAACAAUGUUUGACAGCAUUAGCCAUGCUGUCACGCAGGCACAGCAAAACAAUUUUACAUGCGGGUGGGGUAUCAGCCUGUUUGAAAUUCGUCGAUUUCUUCAACAUCACGGCGCAACGUGCGGCGUUAACGAUUACCGCAAACUGCUGUCAGAAUCUUCAUCCUGAUGAUUUUCACUUGGUAGUGGAUAGUCUAUCGUUAUUAACGAGCAGAUUGACGAAUCAAGACAAGAAGAGCGUCGAGUGUGUGUGUCAAGCAUUCAGUCGAUUAGUUGACAGUUUUCAGCAUGAUCCUGUGAUGCUACAUAAAAUUAUCAAUGCCGAGCUCUUACAGAAUCUGCAACAGCUGCUUAUGAUUACGCCGCCAGUUAACAGCACCAACAAUUUCAUAACUGUAUUACGAAUGCUCUCUGUGAUAUCAAACCGCUGUCCCGACUUGGCGCAAUUGUUGCUGCAACAAAAUAUAGCUUUCACGUUAAGUUAUCUCUUAACCGGAUCUCUGGAGGUGAAAACGGAAGAUGUGGAGCUGGUGCCGCGUACACCGCAGGAGUGGUUCGAGAUUACGUGUUUAAUCGAGGAGCUCAUGCCUCCGUUACCAACAGAUGGGAUAUUCAGUGUAAAUAGCUUACUCGAAAGGACCAGCAAUCAGCAGGAGACUGUCCAGUGGGAAUGGCGCGACGAAAGACAAUGUUCCCAUCCGUUCAGUACUAUAGAUUCUAGAAUUAUCGAGAUGGCGUUUCAAAAUGGCGAAGAUGAGAUAUGCCUUACCUCUUUAGGACGAACUUACACUAUAGAUCUGACUGUGAUGAAACAAAUUAACGAGGAUAUAGGAAUGGCAAGAAGUAUAUUUCGGAGAGUGAACACCAAUCCCACUGAGGGGAAGAGUCCAACUUGCUCAUCUAGUAUGGAUGUUGUGCCUCCGGUAAUCGAAACAAACGAAUGGCUAGUGUCUUUUAUUCGAACUCUAUUCUCUGUACUGUACGAAGUUUAUAGUAGCUCGGCUGGACCCGCCGUCAAGUGCAAGUGUCUCCGAGCUCUUCUCCGUAUGGUGUAUUAUGCUUCAACUGAUUUACUUAAAGAUGUUCUAAAGAAUCAGGUGGUCUCGUCGCACAUAGCCGGUAUGUUAGCGUCGCAAGAUUUACGUAUAGUUAUCGGGGCUCUUCAAAUGGCGAGUAUCUUGAUGAAAAGAUUGCCACAAGUGUUUGGGGUUCAUUUUCAUCGCGAGGGCGUACUGCAUCAAGUUCGUCAAUUAGCAGAUCCCGAAGUACCUCUCGGUGUUUCACCACCCAAGUGCCCUUCUGGUACAUCAUUACCAAGCCCACAGCCAGGUCCGUCUAAUACACCACUUUCUUCCACCACAAUGUUGUCUUCUAGUAGUGCCACGUCUCCGGUUGUCUCUCCAUCCUCGAACGGCAACAUAUUGUUCGGUACAAUCGCGUGCCAGUAUAAACCAAAUAUCAGUGCUUCGCUGGAACCACACAGAACGGAGUUAAACAACAGCAUAGAAGAAACGAGCGCGUCGCAAAGUGCACACGUAAGAAUCGGUGAUGUGCUGAAGAAGAAGCGACAGAAUAAGAAGGGUCGUUUCUCGAGAUUGGGUGGUGCCACCACGCCGCAGCAGACGCAACAGCCGGAGUCCCUGUUCACCGGUUUUACCCCGAAGAACAAUAGAUUCUUGGGGAAUCUCAACCCGGCGAAAUGGGGCCGGAAAUCGUCCUCGUCCAGUACCAGCAACGACAAGAGAGACUCGAGCUCGUCCACGAAUCUGUCGAAACCACCGAGUAAUCCGAGCUUGACCGGCGGGAAUCGGGAUAAGGCGAAGGUGUGGGUGCGCGAGCAAGCUGCCCAGUUCCUGGCGAGAUAUCAGGACGACGCACCCUGCUCGCAUCCCGCCUUAACGGUUCUCGCUCGAUUGACUGCUGCGAUACAGCGAUUGCAAUCAAACGAACUGGACGAGAUGUUGUCAGCACUCACAGAAUUGCGGGAUAUAGUUCUCGAGAGCGAUAUAUCGCCAUUCGAAAUGAAUUACAGCGGUCUUAUCAAGGCUCUGUUGAACUACCUCACUACCACGGAUGCACCGGGCAAUCGCUACGACCGUCUUCGUAUGUUUUGGAAAUUGUUUGCCGAGUCUACCAUGCAACAGAAUAACGAUAUCAUAGAUCUUAAUCCCGGAGCGUUUGGUGCUUUAGUAACGAAAUUGAACAGCUGUGUCGCGCAGCUGGAACAAUUCCCGGUGAAGGUUCACGAUCUACCUGCGGGUUCUGGCGCCGGUCGCGGCGGCACCAGUGCUCUCAAGUUCUUCAACACGCAUCAACUCAAGUGUAAUCUUCAGCGGCAUCCAGAUUGUAAUAAUCUGAAACAAUGGAAGGGCGGUACUGUAAAAAUAGAUCCGCUUGCGUUAGUACAGGCGAUUGAACGUUAUUUGAUGGUACGUGGAUACGGCAGAAUACGGGACGCUGACUCGAUGGUCAGCGAUGACGACAAUAGUGAGGAUGACAUCGAUGACACUUUGGCGGCAGUUGUGAUAAGCCAAGGACCGCCGAAACAUAAACUUCAGUUUCUAAUCGGCGAUGUGGUCUUACCUUUCAACAUGACGGUUUAUCAAGCCGUCAGGCAGUUCGGAUGUUCCGGAGUGGAUCAUUCCGAGGCGGAGGCCGAUAGUGAACCGCCGCUCGGACACGACGCGGUGUGGGUGCAAACCCACACGAUAUACUACCGACCCGUACCAGAAGAGGACGCCGCAACCUCUCCGAAAUCAGGAUCGAGUUCACAGGGUAAUAGUAGGAAGGGCAAGGGAAAAAGUACAAAGAUUAGUUCGAAGAGGAAAGAAGAUAGUCUCUGGCUGGAAGGCACGGUUCCGCUUCAACACUGUCCCCUCGCGCCAUAUCUGUCUCCCACGUUACCGCCCUCGGUGACCAUCACGGACGCCUCCCUCGACGGGUUGUGUCUACUGCGUCUUUUACACGCUCUCAAUCGCCACUGGGGCAUACUGUUCCCUCAUUUGAAAAGUAUGAGCCUGUUGACGCCCCAGGACUUCAUCAACAACAAGAUCGCCGCGAAGGCCAGCAGGCAGCUGCAGGAUCCGCUGGUGAUCAUGACUGGAAACUUACCAUCCUGGUUACAACAGAUAGCGUCUGUCUGUCCUUUUCUCUUUCCGUUCGAGACGAGGCAGCUCUUGUUGUACGCGACGUCGUUUGAUCGAGAUAGAGCGCUGCAACGUCUCCUGGACUCCGCGCCGGAACUCUCUGGAUCGGACAGCCAGGAACGCGUAACACCACGCUUAGAACGAAGGAAGAGAACCAUCUCGAGGACGGACAUUCUCAAGCAGGCGGAGCAAGUGAUUCAGGACUUGGCCUCUAACAAGGCCUUACUCGAAGUGCAAUACGUCAACGAGGUUGGCACCGGGCUCGGUCCAACUUUGGAAUUCUACGCUCUAGUCUCGAAGGAGCUGCAACGUGCAGAUUUAGACUUGUGGCACGGCAGUUCGAAUCCUACCGAAAACGGAUAUGUUAAUUCCUCGCACGGGCUCUUUCCGACGCCAAUCCCGUGGAACACUAAAGUGUCGCAUCUAGCAAAAUUGAAAACCAAGUUCAAGUUCCUCGGGAAAUUUAUGGCGAAGGCGAUAUACGACUCCAGAAUGUUGGACUUGCCGUUUAGUUUAACUUUUUACCGCUGGCUAUUGGGGGAGGAGCACACUCUCACGUUAGCGGACUUGGCAUACGUGUGUCCCGAUGUGUAUCGCACUCUCAGCAAGCUCCAGGAAGUUGUGAGGAAGAAGGAAGCCAUGGAGAAAGAUCAGACGCUACGGCCGCACGAGAAGGCGCAGUUGAUAGAGGCUCUUGAUUUAGACACAUGCCCGAUUUCAGAGCUGGGUCUUGUGUUCGAGUUGCCGGGCUACGAGAAUAUCGAGUUGAGGAAAGGCGGUAGCGAGAUAUCCGUUACCAUUCACAAUCUAGAUCAAUAUAUUAAGUUAGUGGUACACUGGUUCUUGUACGAGGGAGUGUUUAGGCAAAUGGAGGCUUUCCGGGAGGGUUUCGAGUCGGUGUUCCCUCCGUCGCAGCUGAGACUAUUCUUCCCGGAGGAGCUGGAAGCGGUGUUCUGCGGUCACGCGCAAACCGGCGGGCAGUGGGACGUGAAGACCCUCGCCGAGUGCUGUAGAACCGAUCACGGUUACACGCCGGACUCGCGGGCCAUUCGUUUUCUGUUCGAGGUCAUGUCCAAGUACAACAGCGAGGAGCAGCGACAAUUCAUUCAGUUUGUCACCGGUUCGCCGCGUUUACCCGUUGGAGGUUUCAAAAGCUUAACGCCCCCGUUAACAAUAGUGCGCAAAACCUUCGAUCCGUCUAUGAAGACGGACGAUUUUCUACCAUCUGUAAUGACUUGCGUCAACUACCUAAAACUGCCUGAUUAUACCACUCUGGAAAUAAUGUGGGAAAAGCUACGGAUAGCCGCGCAAGAGGGUCAACACUCGUUCCAUCUCUCCUAGAAACAGAUGAAGGAUCGACGCCUCGUUCUCUCCUUUACUCUUACAUUAUCCAGGCCGCGAAUUAUCCAAACUUAUUUUAAGGUUCACGUGAAAUUACGCAGCGAGUUUGCCAGCGAGAAAAUCCAACGUGACGACGGACAUUGCCCUUUACAUGAAUUCUUUCGGAGGAUGCUCUUCGUUUCUUGAAAAAAAAAGAAAAAGGAAAAAAUUUAUCGGAUCAACACUUCUUUCUUUCGGUGUUUAUAUCAUUGCGAUUUGGAUUGUGAUAUACUUUGGGCAGUGAGAUAACUGCAAAGCCGCAUAAUAGACCGAACCGCGCGAGAGCUCGCGCUCUCGUGAAUGUUACAAACCGAGUGGCUUGCGAGCGACUACAUUGUAGGGAAGAGAAACGUAUCUUCAGUGUGUUACAAUAAAAAAAUGAAAAGAAAAGAAAAAGAUUGUAAAUAUAGUUUAAUAUACGCAAGUCGAUAUAAAUACUUUAUAUGAUAGUAACGAGAAAAAUGAUAUUGCUAUGAAGAAAACACUAUACUAAUGGAAUAUAACAUAACCCGAGAGCGAGCGAGAGAGAGAGAGAGAGGGAGAGAGAGAGAGAGAGAUAUAGAGAAGGACGUUUACUAGACAUAAGUAAAUUUUAUAUCAGUGGUGCGUUACAAAGCAUCGCCAUAUGUCGCCAAUCCCCCGCGUCCUGCGAUCGCGGAAGAGAUGAAAAUUCACGAGCUAAAAUCAGCAAGGAAAUGCGCACGCCCGCGACCAAGGCGCGCGAACGUGCGUCCCGUCGGAAACGACGCUAUUUCCGGAUACACACACACACACACACACACACAUAUACAUGCAUACAUACAUACACACCCUCACACUCACAAUAUCGUGUCUCUCGCUGCUAUUCUCUAUUUUGUAAUCGAUCUCUUCGUGUUCACCGCUCUUGAGUUCCGACCGAGAACCGUGUUGCGCGAGUCACGUGACACGACGCUCUUACGUUUAAGUUCAGUGUGUAGCGUUUAUCGAUAUCGUUUGAUAUUUUUCUUUUCUAAGUGAACCAGAGUCCCGAAUUGUAAACUUUUAUUUAGCUGCAAGAGUGCAAACCGGUAUCGCCCAGGAUCGCCGUGAAUCGAAGAGAAAUACCGAUAUCUGUUUACUCGCGAGCAAAGUCGUCGUAUUUAGAGGGACAAAAAAGAAAAAAAAGAAAUGUAAGAGAACUGUAUCAUACAAAAUAGAAUGGGUAUAAAGUAAGUGAAGCUGGUUGUAUCGCAUGGAUAAUACAAGGUACAUUGUGUUGCUUUCUCGCGUCAUCGUGGUGAGAACCGCGGGUCCACGUGAGUUGUGCGAGAGAGAGAGAGAGAAAAAAAAGUGUGUGAGGCGAACUGGGGUCUGCAUGUCAGAGCCUGUUCGAUUCGUAUUCUACGUUGUCGAAUUUUAUUGUGCAUAAUGUGUAUCGUGUACACGAGAGCGGACAUAUUUUCUCGAUUUUGUUGUAUCCAGGACAAUCCGGGAUUUGAGAGUCGCAUAUCUUUCACUAGCUGAAUGUAAUUUACGUUGUCGUUAUCGCCAUAAAAUAUUUUCUUCUCUUUUCUUUCCCUUUUUUUGUAGGUAUACACCCGACACACGUCUAUGUACUUUAACUUUACCACGUUUUCCAGGCGUGCAAGAUGAUUAUUUUUUAUUCCGGUUUUUUUUUCACUGUGUGACGAUUAAUUACAAGUGAUAUAAUGUGCAGGGGGAGGGGGAAAUCGAGGAACAUCGAGCGGACUUGGAUGUGUGCGUCAUCGUAAAAUGUGUAACGGUUCAGCGUACGUGUCAUAGAAAUUUUUGGAAUAGAUUCUGAUCGGAGACGUUCAAUUCCUGGAUCUCCAUUGUGUUUUCUGGGGAAACUGAAAUAAUUCCGAUCGGAAUCUAUUUCGAACAUUUCCGUGACAAGUACCUAGGACACGCGAUCCAAACCUAUGUCAUUAAUAUUAUAAACAAAAGAUAUAUUUAUAUCGAUUCAUUAGUAUAAACGAAUUUUAUUUUAUUCACAAUGAAAGAUCUGUUUUUUCUUGUUUUUUUUUCUCUUCUUCGGAAGCCUUCAAUAAACAUAUAGGUAUCAUAAAUCUGUUCACCAAAGCAAUGUACCUCUCAAAAACGUAACCGACGAGACGCGAGUGUCACGAAUUGCACAAGCGACACACUGUUAUUUUUUUAAGGAGUAUUCAAGGUCCAUUCGAGAAUAAUCGUAAAAUUAUAUUUUUUAUUUACUUUUACCUCCGGUACCUUCUGAGAAAUAAAAUCGAUUAUAAUUACCGAGUACAUCCAUUGAUAUUCACAUUUGAAAAUCUUAUUUGCGUCUUUUAGACGUUUCUUUUUCCUUUUCUCUUGUAAAAAUUUUUUAAUCCACACUUCUCUUAACGCUAUCAUAUAUUGCCUCCUUUUUCUUGUGCCGUUGGACUUAUCUCUUCUCAUUUGUUUUCCAAGUAC